AUGGCAGACGACCUCCUUGCGGCGCCCAUACCUCGAGGACCGCCUGCUCAGUUCGCCCUCGACGCGACAGACUCGCCAGGACCAACUCCAGCUGCGACCCCCCCAUCUCACUCGCGAUCCUCGUCCUCGCUCAUCCCCCCGCCGCCCGCGUCGCCCGCUCGAACGCCCGCACCCGUCAGAUCGGCCUCCUCGUACGGCACAGCGGCACGAGAUGCGCAGCCAGGGAUGAGCUUGUUCCGCUACAGCGACGACGAGGACGAGCUCAUCGCGUCGGGGCCGUACGAGCGAUCCCGGUCGGCCGACUACUACCCUCCCAAACCUCUCGCCUCGUCGACCUCUUCGCGCGAGGUACACUUCGACAUGGACUCGGAGGAGAUUGAUGACCGGGAUCUGGACACGCCGUUGAUGGAGGGCCUUGUGCAUACGGGGCUGCGGCGGCAGAGUCUCGACUUGCGCGGCGAGGCACGGCGGUUGAAGGAGAUGGAGGUCGAGGGGGAGGAGGCAGAGCCGCCAGAUUGGCUGUUGAGGGGUGGUGGGAUCUUUGCGGGUAUAGCGAACAUGUCGAACUCGAUCCUGGGCGCGGGAAUCAUCGGUCUGCCCUACGCACUAAGAGAAGCAGGCUUCCUCACCGGCAUCCUCCUCCUCAUCUUCCUCGGCGUCGUCACAGACUGGACGAUCCGCCUCAUCGUCCUGAACGCAAAAAUGAGCGGCCGAAGAUCCUACAUCGACAUCCUCGACUCGUGCUUCGGCAAGCCCGGUCGAGCAGCUGUCUCGUUCUUCCAGUUCGCUUUCGCGUUUGGCGGAAUGUGCGCGUUCUGCGUCAUUCUCGGCGACACGAUUCCUCGGGUCCUCCUCGCCCUCGUCGGUCCCGAUACGAGCUCCGUCGUCUCGUUCUUCAUCUCCCGACCCAUCGUCACGACCGUCCUCACAAUCGGCAUCUCGUACCCGCUCUCCCUCUUCCGCGACAUCGAGAAACUCUCUCACGCUUCCACACUCGCUCUCAUCAGUAUGGUCGUCAUCGUGGUCAGCGUCGGGGUGCGAGGACCGGGAGUCGAGGACAGCUUGAAGGGCGAUCCCUCGCAGCGGUGGACAACGCUCGAGCCGGGCGUUUUCGGGGCUAUUUCAGUGAUUUCGUUCGCCUUCGUCUGCCACCACAACUCGCUCCUCAUCUACGGCUCCCUCCGCACGCCCACGCUCGACCGCUUCGCCCGCGUAACACACAUCUCGACCACCCUCUCCGUCAUCGCCUGCCUCUGCAUGUCCAUAUCCGGCUUCCUCGUCUUCACCGACCGGACGCAGGGGAACAUCCUCAACAAUUUCGCCGAGGACGACACGUUGAUCAACAUUGCUCGAGCUUGCUUCGGCUUGAACAUGUUCACGACCCUCCCGCUCGAGGCUUUCGUCUGCCGCGAAGUCGCAGAGACGUACUUCUGGCCCGACGACCUCGUCUUCAACAAGCGAAGACACGUCCUCAUCACCACCGCCCUCGUUUUCAGCGCGCUCGUCGUCUCACUCAUCACCUGCGACCUAGGCUUUAUCCUCGAACUAGCAGGCGGUUUCUCCGCCACCGCACUCGCCUACCUAUUCCCCGCAGCAUGCUUCCUCCGCCUCUCCGGCUCAGGUCGCCAACUCGCCCCUCAACGAGUCGCAGCCUGGGCGUGCGCGGCGUUCGGGGUGCUCGUGAUGGUCCUCUCGACGUUUUUGAGCAUCAGGAAGGCGUUGACGGGGGAGGCGCACAAGCAGUGUUGA